AUGGCACACCCCCAAACCGCCUCCAUCUCGCAACUGAUAGCAAACGUAAAAGCCAACCUCAAAAGACUUUAUGCAGCACGAGACUGCCAAAGCCCAAAUAGCUUCAGCAAUCGUCUACCACUCUUGCUCUCACCUUCCACGAUCGUCAAGACCAUGGCUUCCGCCACUGUCCCUUCCAUCUCCAAAUACACCACCCGCACACUGGACCAAGAGAUCGACGCUGUGGCCAUCUGCCCGGACCAUCCCGACUACAUGAUCGUGGGGACCUACAGCCUCGUCAAGAAGGACGCGCCCACCUCGUACGCGGGCCAAACGCGGCAGGGCAGCCUGCGCAUCAUGACCGUGUCGUCGACCUUUGCGCCAACCUACACGGGCAUGCUGCCACCAGGCCUCGACAGAGUGGACCUCCCCUGCGCGGUGCUGGACGUGCAUUUCCACCCGGCGGACCCGACGCUCCUGGGCGUGGCGACGAGCAACGCGUCCGUGAACCUCUACCGGUUCGUCGUCCGAGGGGACGUGCUCGGGCGGAGGGUGACGACGCGGCUUAUCCCGCUGGGGAGUGUGCGCGUCAGCGAGGACGACGAGCACGGCCUCACGCCUCUGACCACGCAAUUCAGUUGGUUCGAGGAGAUUCGCCGCAAGGGGACGCGAGAUGUGGACGACGUGCUCACCGUGACGUUGGCCGCCGUGACGAGCUUCGGCGAGACGAGCGUCGUGAGCCUGAGCAUCCCUGCGGUGCGGGACGUGAGUGACCACCGCGUCGCUGGGGAUGUUGUCGCGAUACGAACCUCAUGUGACAUCGUGCACAGGCACGAUCUCGAGGCGUGGACGGUGGCGAGCAUCAACCUGCAGUUCCACACCUCCAACGACAACACGGAGGCACAUCACCAUGAUGGCGUCGUCGGCGGCAAGCGCUUGAUCCUCAGUGGCGGGGACGACAGUGCACUCAUCGCGAGUUGUAUUUCACCGUCACCGGCAGCGCCAUUCCGCUCGGAUGAAGGGGCCUUCGAAGCCACGCAGAUGUGGAAGGACCGGAGGAAUCAUACCGCCGGCGUGGUCGCCAUACUACCGCUUAGACCACCACCGCUACCUCCUCCUCCUCCUCCUCCUCCUCCUCCUCCUCCUCCUCCUCCUCGUCGUGGUGCAUUAGGAACAGAGAAAGACCCGAUGCUGCCGCGACCCAUCCCCCUCCUCACCGGCAGCUAUGACGAGUUCCUGCGCGUCUUCGAGAUGGACCCGCACAGCUACCGAGCAAGUUUGAAAACCGAACUGCGCCUGGACGGCGGGGUGUGGCGCUUGAAGGUCCUUGACCAGUACACCACCGACGCGGACAUCAACACCGCCGACGACGCGAAAGGCGGCCGCGCAUACCAGCAGCAGCAGCAGCGGCAGCAGCGCCACCACUACCACUACCUGGUCCUCGCAUCUCUGAUGCACGCGGGUGCUACAAUCAUCCGCAUCACCUACGCUGCAGGGAGUGGCGCGCCCAGCUCAGAGCCGCACGGCCAAGGAACCUGGACGGUCACGCCUGUCGCGACCUUCUCGGCAGGCCACGAGAGUAUGGUCUACUGCUGUGAUGCGCGGGUCGAAAACACAAGUCAAACCGAGGGUAUUCGCAAUGACACGUCCUUGGGAAUCGGAACCAGGAGCGAAAACGAAGACAGCAACAUGGUAAUGGAUGGAGCCACGAAGGUGACAGAGCCGCCUACUUACACUGUUGUGAGCACCAGCUUUUACGACAUGAAGAUAUGUACCUGGACUUUUGUGGAUGAGUUCAAGCUUCAAGCCCGGGCAUAUUCAUGA